CCCCGGAACAUCUUCCCCACAUGUGUGCUAGUUAAGCCUGAAUAAUAAGCGAGCUUAGGCAGCCAGCAAGUGGGUUAGUGAGUAUAUUAGACAAAGAUAUGUUCCUUUUUAUGUAUAAUAUCAGAUUUUGACGACUGCUGGAAUGUGUCUGUAUGUCUGUCCGUAAACGUUACUGAUAGUGAAGGGCUAAUUGGUAGCUAACAGCUAACCACAUUGGCGCUUAUAGAGAUACAUUUACAGGCUGUUUAACCUUCCUUCAGAUUUGAAAAGUGGACAGCUAACACAUUUUAUUACUGUCACUCAUUCUUAUGUUUACCUUUUCCCAGCUAAAAAUGUGGAGAGCAGCCUGUAGGUGUUCCAGUGUGAUUAGGAAUAGCAGAUCAGUGGAGUUAUUAACAGUUCUUUACUGUGGUGAAACACAAUAUGCUUCUUAUCAUUCAACCAAACCUCUUCUUAUUCCAAAAGACACUGGUUUGAAACUUGCUGAAAGGCUGAGAUGUAGUCUUUUUACAUCUUCUGGUAAACUGUCCAGGACUGCUGGUUUUCCUUCUACAAAAAGGCCACAAAGAAAAGAGCCCCCAGCAUCUCACCCUGAGAGGAGAGUGCCAUCUGAACUGCAGAAGCUCAGUUUGGAGGACUUCACGGAAGCAGAAGCUCAAAAACUUAACAAGGGCACCCAGAAGGUCAAGACUGCUCAGGUCAAAGGAACCAAAGAACAUGACAUGGUGUUUGGGGUGGCCCCAUGUUUACUGGCCUUAAGUCAGGCCAGGAGGACACCCAAUUGUCUCUUUGUGAAGAGCAGUGAAGGACGUCCGAGAGAAGCCGUUCAGAGGGUUUGUGAGGAGGCUCUUAGACAUGGGGUUCCAAUCCAGCGGGUCAGUAAGAGGGAACUGGACAAGAUGACCGGUGGAAUGGUCCACCAGGGGGUGUGCCUUCAGGCAAGUCCUCUAGGCUUCAUCACAAAAGAGAAACCCACAAGACCUCAGCAUGGUGGACACCCUCAUCCACUGUGGCUUGUCCUGGACGGAGUUCAGGAUCCGAUGAACCUUGGUUCUAUUCUACGCUCUGCCUACUUUCUCGGAGUGGACAGAGUAGCUAGUAGCAUUCAGAACAGCUGUCCAUUAACCCCAGUGGUGAGCAAAGCCAGUUCAGGGGUGAUGGAGCUCAUGGACGUGUAUGGCUACAGUAACUUGGCUGACAUAGUAAAGAUGAAACUGGAACAGGGAUGGCAGGCGGUCGGCACAGUUGGGUCUGAAGAGGCCUUUUCUGGAGCUUCGGUUGUGUCAUGUUCCGACUUCAGGAUGUCCAAACCUACAUUGCUGCUGAUGGGUGGUGAAGGUUUCGGUUUGUCUCCUGAACUGCGUCAGCUGUGUGAUAUUCUGCUCACUAUCCCUCCCAGAAGAGACCUGCACCCUGCUGUGGACUCGCUCAACGUUUCUGUAGCCACAGAGCUGGUUGAUGUUAAUGAUGAUAAUGAGGCUGAGGAUGAUGAUAAUGCUGGUUUAUUUACUUGGACCUCUUCCCAUUUGCUCCCUACAGUGCUUAAUGACUGGAUUAUUUCAUCAAUUAGCCAUCAGCGGGCCCGAGAGGACCCAUUGAUCGUAAGGCAAAGGCUGGUGAUUGCUCUUUUGGCUUGUUGUUUGACUGCAUCCGUUAAGGAAAAAGUUGAACGGAAAAUGAUAGAACUUUAGCCAUAAAUGUUCACCUAAACAUCAACUUGGAGGACACUAUUUUCAAAAUACCAUUAUACAUUAUAUAGUAUGUUUGUGAGUAUUUUUUGAUGGUAUGGCAUUGCAGAUCAAAAUAAAUGUAUAACGAUAAAA